AUGGCUGUCAAUCGUUCUCUUUGGCAGGAUGAAGCUGGCAUUGCAGGUGUUAUCCGGGAAACCGCCAUCCCUACAACUGUUGCCAGCAAUGAAAUACUGGUGAAGGUGAACGCAUGGGCAAUGAACCCGGCAGAUGCUAUGGUUCAGGACGUGGCCCUUCCAUUCAUCAAAUACCCACUUAUCUUGGGUGAAGAUAUCGCUGGCACCGUUGAAAAAGUCGGCUCCGAGGCUACGGGCAAGUUUAAAGUCGGCGAUCGCGUCUUAGGCCUUGCCCUUGGAGCGGCUGUUUUCAAGCCCGAGCAAGGCGCCUUCCAGGAUGCCGGAAAGUCUGUCUUUAUCUGGGGUGGAAGCUCUGGAGUUGGUAGCAAUGCAAUCCAGCUCUGCAAGGGAGCUGGAUUCGAGGUAAUCACGACAUGCUCAGCACAUAACUUCGAAUAUGUGAAGCGUCUCGGCGCAGAUAAGGUCUUCGACUAUAAAGACCCGUCUGUGAUUGACCGAGUUGUUGCGGAACUUGACCGGGGGGAAUGCAUUGGCAUUUUACAAGCUGCCGGUGAUGUGUCCCCUUCCUGUCAGGUUGCGUCGAGGUCCAAGCAAAAGCUGCGUGUUGCUGCAUCAAACCCUGUCCCCGACGGCGUGGCCCCGGCAGACAUUGAGGCAAAGAUGAUCUUUGCGACAGGCGGCGCGGUCAUUUACCACGAGACUAGCCCGGCUACUUUUGCUGGGUAUUUACCGGAAGCACUGGCAUUGGGUCUCUACCAAGUGGCACCAACCCCGCAGAUCGUGUCUACCAAAGGAUUGGAAGGGAUCCAGGAGGCGUUGAAUCUCCUUAAGAAGGGGAUUUCGGCCAAAAAACUGGUCACCUUGGCUAACUAG